UUCUUUGGUGUUUUUGUAAGGACAAUUCAUGAAAAAGAAGGUACAAAGUUGCCUGUGAAAAGUGGAGGUGGCGUUUAUUAAUGACGAAGUAGAUGAAAGAUUUAAAAGUGAUAUUACGCAAGUGUUAACAUUACAAGCAGUUAUCUCUAAUGAGUUCUGUGUAUUUGGUAUUUAGGUCAGGUAAGUCUAUUUACAUAUUUCAUUGAAGUUACCUGUGGUCGGCAGUGAGUCUUUACCAAAACAUGACAGGAAUCCAUUUUGAUGUUAAUUAGAUGUCAUUUUAAUUGCUUUUGUGAUUCCUGACUUGGUGUCAUUACGUCACCAGGGUUUAAUCACUGGUAUGGAUUAGUGAAUGUUAGCUCUUUAGGUUAGGCUGAAGGUAGUAGUGGACGGGUACAUGAGGCAUCGAUAACCAAUGUAUUUGAAGAUAAAUGAACGCGACAAGCACUAUGGUAGUGUGAUGGCAUUAAACGACUCGCACCACAAGAUGGCAGACAGCAAUCUACAACGGAGCAUUUCGUUCGCAGGCAUGCUCAAUCAGCCUGUCCUGGGGGAGACAUUACGCAGCCCGCGGCUGCAACGGAAACAUAUCUUUAAAAGCACAACAAAUUUGAGUCAGAGUUUUCGAAAGCUACCUAACAUGCCAAAAGUGCCUAGACCCAAUAGGACAGUUGUCAUCUUUGAGAGCAUCAGAAAAGGUCUACGUGAUUGCAUAGCAGCCACAGAAGAAGAUGUCCAGUCCUUGAGGAAUAAGUCUGAGGAAAUCACAAAUUCCUCUUCUGCACAGGCAAAACUUCAUGAAAUGGACAAGCAAAUCAAAUCAGCAGAAAGAUACAAGAAAAGGCUGGAAUUCCAUUUAGCAAAGAUUGAAGAGCUUCACGAACAGUAUCAUGUGCAAUUACGUCUGCGAGAUGGUGCACGGCAUAUGGCACGUGCUUUUAUCUCAUCGCCUGGUAAACAGAAAGAGCAUCUUGCCAAUGUCAAGCUGGGAUUCAAAGAAUGCAAUCAGAAUAUGUGUGCAAUUGAAGCCCAGUUAGAAAGCGUGAUGGGAGCUUUUCAUUGUAGAAUCAAAGGUAUGGUGGGCUUUGCCAGGCUGUGCCCAGGGGAUGUGUUUGAUAUCACUAUCAGGCAUGGAUCUCAGAAAUGGAAGGCCAAGGGGAAGAUCAACAAGAGUAGCCAGCAGAAGUGGGAGCAUGGGAACACCAUGUUCAAGUGCUUGCUUGGGCAUGUUUUCACUGUUAAGGCAGAGGAAGUGCACACUUUGUCACGUAACACACUGCUGGGAGAAAAACACUGCGAUACCAAAGACCUAUUUGCAGCCAACCCACAAUUGAUGACUGUCAAUCUCAACCAGAUUGGCUCUCUAAAACUCAGUCUUAUCAUCAGCUGGAAUCCUCUAGAUGGUGCUGAAGAUAUAGGUGGUGGCUGGAGUGGACUGCCCAGGGUGCAUGUCAAUGCGGCCAGGGCUCAGAAGGCUUCCUCAGUUAUGGUACUCACUGGAGAUGAUGGGAGGCUGACAGACUGGAGGUUUUCUCCUGACAAACACAGCCUUGGUACCAACAGCAGCAGUAGCAGUUCAUCUUCCUCCCCCACACGCCGUGUGGGAAGACCAGUGUCUGAGUUUGUAUCCACAGACAGACUAAACAGGCUUGGAGAUAAUGCAUAUGGAAAGAACAAAUUCUUGGGAGAAGGUAGCCAUGACAGAAGUUUGGUAUUUGUGCCCAAUCGUUUCUCAGUCCCUGUAGAAAUGAGGCCCCACGAUGACUCAUUAAUAAUUGGCAACAGACAUUCAAUCUGUGGAGAUGUUGUUGUUCACAGUGAACCAACAUCUCCUGCUACUUCAGACUACAAAAAAUUGCCACUUGAUGAGGCGUCAAGUUCAAAAACUGAGAUUAAAAGACGUUCUAGUCAUCAGGAGAAACAUUCACAAGAUGGCAGCAGUAAACAAGACAGGCCCAGGCCUAAGAGUGAGAUAUUUUUGUCAUCCCAGGAGCCCGUGGGCACCGAAAGGGUGGCAAAACCAAAACUUUUUGAUAUGAGAUUAUUGUCAGAAACUACGGGUAUGCAUUUGAGCCCUCAUGAAGAGGUGCCAAGAACUCUGGAGCAGGCAUUGAAUGCGAUAAAGACAACACUGGAGGAUUACCAGGGCCAGUAUCCAGCUUUAAGGCACCUGGAGGAGCAGAUUAGCAGACUGGAGGAGAUGCUAGCAAAACAGAAGCGAAUGAGUCGGUCCCGCUCUCCCAGCGUUCACAGUAUCUCAAUAGAGAGUGCUUUGGAGGCCUUUGACUUCCUAGACCUGGAGGAAGAGGGCAAUCAGGAGGACUGGGACAGCCCUAGUAGAAGGAGUACCAGCAGAAAGUCCAGCAGAGGUAGUCUAGAGGACAAACCCCUGAUUAGUCCCGAGUCGACCACCACCACGGCAGACUCUGGUAUAGAGUCUCUGGCUCACAGGCUGAGUGAGGACAGACAGUUUGCUGGGGCAGGGACUAGUCCAGAGCCAGCUAGUACGGGAAAUGACGCAGUGGAUGUGUGCUUGAUGUUCCAUCUCAUCUACUGUGACAGACUGUUCAAUAACCUUGGAAAAUUUGGUCCACUGAAAUGUCGGGAGACGUAUUCCUUGGAUCAUCUUCAGAUGCAGGGAAAAAUCAUAGAGAAGCUGCUCGACAUAGCCAAAGCAGGAAAACAUGUGGCCAACAUAGAGAAAGUAAUGAGUGAAGUGACCAGUAAUCCCAGGUUGAAAGAGUUCUGGCAGAAGUCUGUAGAUCACAGUGGUCUGUACGUGAACAGUGAGCGGUUCCUGGCACAGCUAGAGAGGAGCUAUGGAGAGAGAAUCCGAGACAAGUUUGAUAUUGUAGCCAGCAAAGUCUUCAGAAAAACAUUAGCAAAGAUCCUAGACAUGCCAAGCUAUGAUCCAGAUAGCAAUGCCAAUGUGACACUCCACCAGUUUCUGAGUUUCUUCAGUGAGGACAGCAGGCCAAGUGUGGCAGAGUAUGUAGAGGACCUGGCAACAGAAUUGUGGAUGUGUGGCAAGCUGCGUUCUACUGAUCCAGAUGUGGUGAUCAAAACAAUCCAAGCCUUCCAGUAUGAUGUCCCUCCCACUGAGUGCAUCAAGCUCCUUACACUCCUGCUCAUAUCAAACAAUUCAGAGAUCAAGCAGACAACAGUGACCUACUUACAAAGGCUGUCGUCUGACCGCAUGUCACGUGACCAGGUGAUGAAGGUCUUCAUUGAGGCACUGGAAGAUCACAAUGCAGAUAUCAGAUGUGGAGCCUGUGUGGCCCUGUCAGCCCUUAGAGCCUCAGAAACUAUAGAACAGCUAGUUUAUGUAUGUGAGACUGAUACUUCUAUUGUUGUCAAGAAAAGUGCAAAAGAGGCAGUAUUUUCAUUUGGUGAAGCAGGACGUAGGGCGUACGAGGCUGCCUCCUUACAUACACAUGGGUUUCAGGGAAUUGAUGUCAAACACAACCAUUCUGGAAUCAAAGCAUAAACCCUACAUGUUCUGAUCUUGAAGAAGACAGAACCAGGCGACUUAAAAGUACCAACUUUUUUGUCAAGAUUUGUAAGAUUUGUAAUUGCCAAAAACACAUUGACCUCAAAAUCUGUAAAAUGGAAAACUGAUUAAGUAAACAGCCACAAAUCUAUCAUUUAAGAUAUUAAAUUACAAAAGAUGGGUAUAUUCAAUGGUUGCCUAUGACAAACAUGAUUAUGACUCUGUAAAAUGUAUCUGGUUCUUUGAUAUUGUCAUAAGUUGAAUAAUUAUUUUUUACAAAAAAAAAAAAAUAAAUAAAUAAAAUAAAAUAAGGAUAUCAAGAAUCCAUCAGAAAAAGAAAACAGCAGUAACUGUAGUGUGCAUUACUGGGUAGACUGAUCUGAGACCUGAAUCUGCUUCCUGUACUCGGACCCAAAGUAAAUUUGAUUGCUACAUUUUUAAGAUUAGUGAAGGCCUGUGAAUUGCAUGGGUAAAUGGAGGCAGCAGAUGUUAAGAAAGACAUUCAGUGGUCGAUGUCAAAAUGGUAAAGAAAAAAAGCAAGAUCAAAACAUGGUUUUCAGUGUUGGUAUGUAGGCCAUACUUGCCCUCUCUUUUAUACAUUUCCAGUACUGUACAAUGUAGAUAUCUUAAUCGAUAAUGUGCAAAAAUCAAAUCAAAAGUUGAUAGCUGGUUGUGGGAAGUUAUCUAGUCAACAGUGAUUUGAAACUAUAAUACCAAAGAUAAGGCCUGCAGGCACCAGUUGAUUGUAACACUAUAUGCUUAUAUAGCCCAGACUGUAUUAUUAUGUACAUAUUACGUUGAUUUAAUUACAGUUUUUUUUUUCAGAUAAUCAUGUUGUUUAUAUCCAUAGUUAUUUGUAAUGUGGCAGCAGUUUUGCUGCUAUCCUGUCUCAUCUGUUCAGUAUUAGUAUAGAUAUUGGUUGAUUAGAAAUGGCAUUUUGUUGCCAUUAUACACUGUGGCCAUGAAUGAUAUUAGAUACUGUAGGAACUAUUAUAUUUUCCUGUUGUUUAAAAAAAAAAAGUUAAAAUGGAAGAUGUCAUGUAAGAGGUUUGUAUAAAAGCAAGUCAUUGGCCAUAUUGAACAAGCAAGGUUAUCUGUUCUAUUAUAUAUAUAUAUUUAGCAAAGCAACCUGUUUACAUGGCUAAAAAAUUGCCUUUUUUUCGAGGGGAGUUCCUUGGUAUUAUCCAUUUGUUUAUAAUACUCUUGCAAAUUAUUAUUUUCAGUACAGUAUAUCCGACUUCAAUGAUAAAUGUAGACACUUCAUUGCAGAUUCUUGCCAUUAUUUAUGGACUCGUGGCCUAUAUUAGGUUUUUAGCCAUAGUAUUAGUGGUUGAGAAAUCUUUGAUAUCAUUCAUUUGAUAUACAGAAAUUGUUUUUACACAUGUUAAAUUGAUAUCAGUUUACAUAUGUACAUGGCAGAUAUUUUUCAUGCUGUGUGUAUAGCAUUAAGUGACUGGUUCCAUCCUUGGAGAUUUGCAUUCUUUGUUAAAUAAUUUGUACCCUUUAACCAUAUAGUAUUUAGAUAAUUGUACUCUCAUGACAUUCUUUAAGUAACUGGCAGUAAAUUAGUUUAUUUUAUUGCUUUGCCUAUAAUGAAAUUGACUGAUGGUAUACAUGCUUAUUGCUAUAAUAAAGUAAUAAUGAAUAUUAAUAUAC